AUGCCAGUCGUCUUGGUCCACUUGAUAUACAUCCAUGGGUUCCAAGGAAACGAUACCACAUUUCAAUCAUUCCCGAAACACUUGCAAGAGCGGCUUGAGACCAUAAUUCCCCAGCAUCUCGAUAUCAAGAUUCAGAGCAGUUUAUACCCUACAUAUAAGAGUGUAAAACCGAUCUCACAUGCUACGAGAAACUUUUUAGAAUGGCUUUCCACUCAGCCUCCAGGUCCAGUGAUACUCAUGGGACACUCAAUGGGCGGACUUCUUGCUGCCGAGGCAGCCACAGACGUCUCUAAUAACCCACAUCGUUAUCCAGGCAAUAGACCAAAACGUAUUGUUGGUGUUGUAGCUUUUGACACGCCAUUCUUGGGCAUGCACCCCCACGUCGUGGUUAGCGGUAUUGCAUCUUUGUUACCGAAAGGGAAAGAAGACGAAGAAGAGAAGGCAAAGCAGUCAGAACGUGCUUUGAAUCAACAUCCGCAAGUCAACAUCGUCGAUAGCGGAGUGACGGACGACUGGGAAGCAUUCAAAAGACAGAUAAAUGGUACGCAUAUGUCCAACGUCGGAAAUGCACCGUACGCAUGUAGUCCUAGGUCACUGUUUGCGCAUUCACCACACCCUUCUCGAGAAAGCGGUGUAUCUUCACCCUCAUCCUACCUCAGCCUAUCUCCCCUUCCCUCCCGCUCGCCAUCCCCAUCCCCAUCCGGAUCUUCAUCGCUCGUAGAUCGAGCCUUAACAUUCGUUUCUGCGAAACCCGAUGACCCUCUGGUCCGUUGGUUGCGGAAGCAUGCAGAUGAACCGUUUACAGCUAGUAAACGAUGGAUAGUGGAACACUUCCAAUUCGGAAUAUGUAUGUUUGAUCCGUCUGGACUCAAACAACGUUAUACCAACCUCGUAGACUGGGGUACAAGGGGCGGACUUUGGGUAAACUACUGGACUACGACUGUCCCCCGUGCCAAACGUAAUCUUCUCCUUCUAAACCGUUCUCCGUUACAUCAUGAACCCUCCAGUGAUACACUCGACAAUAAUGAGGCGUUGCUUGCCAAUGGUAUACUCACUCCUACCAGCACGACGUCAAGUUCAUCUUUUGAUUCUUCUCAACACUCCUAUACGACGGGGCACAGCUUCAGUUCUAGUACAAAUUCACCUUCGCCGCCCCCAUACGCUGAACUCUCCAAAUCUGAACUCAAAGCUGCACAUAAAGAAGAGAAGAAACAUCGCAAAGAAGAAGAAAAGGCGAAAGCGAAAUCGGCCAAACAAGAGGAAAAGGAGCACAAAAAGUCGAAAACUGUGCGACACUUUGUUGUUACUCCUACGGGCCUCGGCCAGGUAUUGGGGGGUCUGGAGAAAUGGGAGAAUGUGCCAAUCGCCGGUGUGGAUGACGAAGUCAACGCACAUACAGGGCUUUUUAUACCUACUCAGAAUCUUGAUUACGAUGGACUGGUUGAAAGGGUUGCGAUCAAGGUACUAGGGUGGUGUGAGCGCAUACCUAAGGCGGACUGGGAGAGAUAUGGCUAUUAG